AUGACAAAAGAAACAACAUUUACAUUAAAAAAUUUAAAACCUUCACCAUCUAUUAUUAUCCCUUCUUGUAAAAUACAUUAUCACAAUAAUCAUAAAAUAUCAAUAUCAGAUGCUUCAUUAACAUCAUCAUCACUUCGAAUUGCUAUAGAAACCAAACCUCUCGAUAAAUUAUUAUCAGGAAAUCGAUCAUUCUCAUAUACACCAAGUUUUGCCAGAAAUCCAUUUAGUGAUUGUGAAAUAUUUACUACUGGUGGUAAUAACAAUCAAAAGGAUGGAGAAAAUAGAUUACGAAGAAAGAGUAGUUGGGAUAUAGUAGAAUUAUUGGCAUUAGAUAAUUUUAGGAAUUGGAUGAUCUGUUUUUGUGUAGUUAAUUUUGAUUUAGAAUUAGGACAAGCAAUUGAUUCAAUGUAUCCACCAUUAGGAUUAGGAGAAGAAGAAAAAAAGAAUAUUUGUUUUUCAGCAUUUCCGGAUUCUAAUUCAUUUGAUUUAGGAGAUACUGUAUUUAAUUUUAGAACGAGAUGCUCUAAAUCUAUUGGACCAACUGCCGAUGCUGGAUUCUUGUAUGGUUAUGCAUUCUUUCGUCAAAAAAAAGAUUCAAGUAUAAGACGUGUAUCAAUUCUUGGACCAUCAUACUUUGAAGUAGGAAAACCAAUGUUAGAAGCUGCAUGUCAUGAUAUUGCAAGUUGGAAAUCACCAUCACCAGGAAAAUAUUUCGAACUUCCAUUCUUAAGACAUGUAAUUCAAGUAGAAAUACCUCAAUCAAAUAAACCACAAUUAUUAGAAACAUGUCCAUUCGAUAUGUUAAAUUAUCGUCCAGAUUUACAAAUAUUGGCUUCAUUACCUCCUACUCCAAUGUUUUCUCAUUUUAAAGAUAUAAUUAAAGAUUUAUGGUUAUGUUGGGAAUUAAUGUUAUUAGGUGAUCCAAUAGUUUUAAUAGCACCUGAUCCAAAAAUAUGUAGUGAAGCUGUGUUAGAAUUAAUGGAUAUUAUAAAUCCUAUACCUUAUUGUGGUGAUUAUCGACCUUAUUUCACUAUACAAGAUCCAGAUUUUAAAUCAUUUGUGACAAAGAAUAGGCCUCCGUCAAAUAUAAUAAUUGGAGUGACUAACCCAUUCUUUACAAAAGCAUUACAACAUUGGCCAAAUAUAAUUAGAGGAGUUACAAGUAAACGUAAAUCAGUAAUUGCCAAAGAUAAAGCAAUAUUGAAACAAUUGGCAUCCGCAAUGGCUCGUGGUUAUCCUUCUGAAUCUCCACAACUCAAACCAUUUAAAACGGAUAACUUUUUAAGAUCAUUACAAGAACAUGGUAACAAUAUUACAAAUACUUAUGUAAAUUUUUAUACUCAAUUUUUAAAAUGUGGAAAUUUUGCUACUUGGCUUAGACAACGUACAAUUGAGGCUCAGAAUGAAUUAAGAAAAAGGUAUUUACAAGUACUUUGUGAAGGUGAUGUACAAAAAUGGAUUAUUGGAAAACAUGAAAUGGAAUUAGUUGAUUUAUUAGUUAGAAUUAGAGAUGAAUUGGUAUGUUUUUAA